CCCCGUUUCGAGACGCUGACGUAGGGAGACGGCAGAAAGGGUCGCCGUCGUAGUCACUGCGGCGCAGCUGCUCCCUCGCCUUAGGAGAAGGAGAACGAUGGCCUUCGCCCAGAGUCCCCUCUGGAGUCUUUGCGUCCUUCUGGGCCUCCUGGUGCCGCCCGGCGAUUCCUCUGAACAUUGUGAGGCUUACACAGAUUCUGAUGGACUUUGGCAUCCACAGCAGACUUGCUUAGAAUAUUGUUGUGGAACCUGCACUAAUCGUUAUUGUUGCUCCGACCUCUUUAAAAAAAAUUAUCAGUUUAUUUGUUCCGUGGAAAGGCCACUUCCAUCUUUCAAGCCUGAACCAUUCAAGAUGGACCCAGAUUUUGAAGAUCUAUAUUCAUCUGAUUUCAGUGGGACAUUUAUAGCAAUCGGCAUUUCAAUUUUUGUCGUGUUUGUAGUAGCCAUCAUUCUCUGCUUCACCUGCUCAUGUUGCUGCCUGUAUAAAGCCUGCAGAAGGAGACCGCAGCCUAUAGUCACCACAUCCACAACUGUGAUGCAGAUGCCUUACCCUCAACAGCCUGCGGUUCCAGUUGCUUAUGCUGGAGGAGCAUACCAAGGAUACAAUCCACUGCCGGUACAGCCCCAGCCUGGAAUGCCAGCAGCACCCUACCCAAUCCAGCACCCUCCGCCCUAUCCUACACAGCCUAUAAGGCCACCACCAUACCAGGAAACUGUGGCAGCUGGUGCCUCAGCUCCUUCAGCUCAACCCCCUUAUAAUCCAGCAUAUAUGGAUCCUCCAAAGGCUUCCUAUUAAAUGGACUUUUGCUCUGUGUCUCUGUGGAAGCCUCUUCAAACUGCCUUUUUCACAAGGAGUUAUUUCUGAAGAUAUUAUUCCGACAUAUCUGUUUGGAGGGGUGGGCCACAGUUUAGACAAUUUUAUUUACAGUGCAUUGAGACGUGCAAGAAAUUCAAGCAAUUAAAAUAUGUUUUUUUUGGUAAAAAAAAAAAAGUAGGGAUGAAUCUAAGAAAGAACUUAAAAAGUAAACAUCAAGAAUAUAAUUGGAUUAAAUAGGAACAAUCAUUUGUGGAAUUAUUUUGUCAUUUCAUCAAAAUCAAUUAAGAAUGGGCUAAUCUCUACUUCAGGGAAGAGUAACAUCUGCUGUGAAACAAUGUUUUAUAAGUAAUAGGGAAAUAGCUCUUUAGCAACAAAUGGGGCAUAUUGUUCAAUAAUUCCCUUGUUUUUGUCCAUUGCACAGCUAUUCAGUAUCUCAGUGCAAAUAUUUGAAUUUCACUGGAAUUUUAUCACGAUACUAAAAAAUCUUUUGUAUCCUC